UAGGGAGCCGAAGGAAUCCGGCGGCUAGGGCAGACGAGGAAGAUCAGAGCUGCCGGUGGUGCGGCCCUGUGCGAGAGAGGAGCGGCCUUCUGUUUGAGCGCGGAGGAGGGAAACAGGGACGGAGUAUAGAGCGGCAGAAGGCUCUGAAGGGGAGUACGAAGGCGAGGUCCUCCGAAAACUGUUGUGAAUAGGAAGAACAGUGGAAACGUACGGGGGCGGAAGGACAAUGGAGACUUGCAGCUUUUCACUGGAGAAAGCAAGAGGAACGGAGUGUAAGAAUCGCAGAAACAGCAAGUGAACAGUGGAAAGACUUCGACGGGUUGAGACGGAAAAGGGUUCACGCGACUUGUGUGAACAGGAGGAGAAUAUGUCGAUGGUUUCGGUAGUCUUAUGCUGCUGGAUUUGCGAGACGAGGAAGAGGAGACGUCGGGUUGUGUGGUAAAAGGCUUGGGCGGAGAGCGGGCUUCAACAGAUUGUUGGAUGACAUCCACUUGGACUUGCGAAUUCCCAUUUAGCUGGAUGAGCUCUCCAGAGAUUAUUGAUUUGUGUAGCGAUGAUGAAGCUGAAUCAGAAAAUAUUAAAGAUGUUAAGCCUAUUAUAUUAUCAGCACCUUCUAAAGGGACAGCUGGCAACUCUUCAAUAAUUGCUUCUGUGCAUUUCCCUGAUGACAAGUUUCAACCUAUUACAACUUUUAGGAAUUCGUAUCAUCAACCUUGCAGGCAAUUUUGGAAAUCUGGAGAUUAUGAGCUGGAUCAUACUAUUGAAUCAUUACCUAGAAAUGGCAAGAACCGCUUGCGGAUCCAUCCCAAGUUUCUCCAUUCAAAUGCAACUUCACAUAAAUGGGCUUUUGGUGCAAUAGCAGAGUUACUGGAUAAUGCAGUUGAUGAGGUUCAAAAUGGUGCUACGUUUGUCAUCAUAGAUAAAUUUUCAGAUUCACGGAACGGUGAUCCUGCAUUACUUAUUCAAGAUGAUGGAGGUGGAAUGGAUCCAGAAUCGUUGCGGCGAUGCAUGAGUUUUGGGUUCUCUGACAAGCAGUCUGGGUCAACCAUAGGACAAUAUGGAAAUGGUUUCAAGACCAGUACUAUGCGGCUUGGAGCAGAUGUGAUUGUCUUCAGUAGUUGCACGAAGAUAAGUAAAUCAACUCGGAGUAUUGGGCUACUUUCUUAUACUUUCCUAAGGCAAACAGGAUGUGAUGACAUAGUGGUCCCUGUGGUUGAUUAUGAGUUGAAUUCUUUAACUGAUGCGAUGGUUCAUCAACUUCGCGUUGAUGAAAAGCAGUUCGCUUCAAAUUUGACCACACUCUUGAAAUGGUCCCCCUUUCAUACAGAAGCUCAAUUAUUGAAGCAGUUUGAUGACGUAGGACCUCAUGGAACCAAAAUUAUCGUGUUCAAUCUGUGGCACAAUGAUGCUGGUGUUAUGGAACUUGAUUUUCACACAGAUUCCGAGGAUAUAUUGAUCGCUGGAGGGCAAGCAGAGCAAACGAAAGUAAAGAAGUCAAAUACUGAAUCUGAAAUAAGCCAAAUAAAUGUUGCAAGCCGAUAUCAGUAUUCACUUAGAGUAUACUCAUCAAUCCUAUAUCUAAAGUUGCCUCAAAACUUCAAGAUCUUGUUACGUGGACUAGAAGUCGAGCCCCACCACAUUAUUAAGGAUUUGUUGUAUAUUGAGUGUAUUAGGUACAGACCACAAGUUGAUAUAAACAAAGAGGUAAUUGUGGACACUACACUUGGAUUCAUGAAAGGUGCCCCUAGCAUUAAUGUUCAAGGAUUUAAUGUAUAUCACAAGAAUCGCCUUAUUCUGCCGUUUUGGAAAGUUGCUCACAAUUCAUAUGGCAAAGGCAGAGGUGUUGUUGGGGUUCUUGAGGCAAAUUUCAUCAAGCCUACACAUGAUAAGCAAGACUUUGAGAGGUCUAGUCUUUAUCAAAAGCUUGAGUUGCGAUUAAAAGACAUGACAUAUGAGUACUGGGAUUUAUACUGCCAUUUAGUUGGUUACCAGAAUAAGAAAUUGCCUCAUAGAACUUCUGAUCUUCAAUCGCCUUCUACAAGUUCAUAUAGAGCCCUGCAACAGCUUAAGAUGAAUCGCAUAGAUUCAAUUGCUAUGGUAACUGCUGCACCGAGUGUAGUUGCUUUGAGUGCCCCUACCUUCUCACCACCGGUGCUACCUCAGAAAAGAAAGCGAGAGAUUCAAAGAUCCGUAACUGAAUCAUUUGCCCCUGAUGCAGCUAAAGGUGGUUCUCUUGGUAAUCACAAAGCUAAGGAGGAGCGCAUUUCUAUUAUCAAACAAAUGCAGAUUUCGGAUGCAUUGAAGCUAGAAAAUAAGAAGUUGCAUGAACAGCGCUCCGAGUAUGAAGAGACAGAGAAAGAACUUUUGCUCAAGGAAGCAAAGCUUAGAAGUGAGCUGCAAGAGGCUGCAGACUUGUACGCGAGGCUUUUGGCUGAAGCCAGGAUGACGAGUGAGGUUAAGACUGAAAAUUUUGACGGCUAACCGGAGCGGUAUAGUUCAUCUGAGUUUCAUGACCGGCGGCAAACUUU